CAAGAUUUUUUAUAAAAUAAAACGUUAGACCUUUAUACAAUUCAUCACAAAAAUGCCAGCAAAGGCAUGACAUCAAAUCAAUUGAUUAACCAUAUAUAUAAGCAAGUUAAUCAGCUGAGCUUUUCAUUGCCGUCAUCUUUCUUCAUCUCCACAAAUGAAGAGACCAGCAGAACUUGUGUUCAUCCCAGCCGCAGGGAUUGGCCAUGUUGUGUCCACAAUUGAGAUAGCAAAGCUCUUAGCUUCUCGUGAUGACCAUCUCUUCAUCACACUUCUCAUCAUGAAACGACCCUUUGACAAACUCUUCACAAACACGGACUCUUCAAUCUCACCACGCAUCAGCUUCGUCAACCUCCCCGAAACAACAGAUCUCUUCGUCGAAAAUCAGAAAACCCAAGUCAAAGAUGCCGUCGCUAAACUCGUUGAGUCAAAUCAGUCUGGCUCCUCAAAGCCCCAGCUCGCCGGGUUCGUGGUUGACAUGUACUGUACCACCAUGAUUGACGUGGCCAAUGAGUUUGGGGUACCUUCUUACGUGUUCUUCACCUCCAGUGCUGCGUGUCUCGGGCUCUUGUUCCACCUCCAGACGCUUUGGGACGAGCAUGGCAAGGAUGUGGCAGAGUUUAUGCACUUGGAUUCUGAGUUGGUCGUCCCGAGUUUUGUCAAUCCUCUACCUGCUAGCCAGUGGCGAAGCCAGGAUUUCAUGAGUCUGGGGGCCUCUCACAAAAUAUAA